CCCACUUGGCACUCCUUUCAAGAUUACUACGUAGGAUGAAAUCUAUUUCCAUUUCCUCCGGAGACAUGGACCCGUAUCGUACUCGUUGCUUUUGGUGUUGUUGAGUUUGUUGUCACCAACCUCGAGCUUCCUGGUAACCUUGUCUGGCUAAAGUCUUGCCCUAGGUUUGUCAAGCUGUCCUUUGUGUGUCUUUCCAAAGCCUGUUGUGACUCAACAUACAUAGACAGAAGUCUUGUGCAACCAAACAACCCAUUCCACGAGGUCCGAAGGAUCUACCUCAAGCUUCUACCUCAGACUAUGGCCCCUUCAACUUGGGUCAUUAUAGGAGCUUCAAGAGGGAUUGGAUAUGAAUUUGUUCGCCAGCUACUAGACCAAGGUAACCAAGUCAUCGCGGCAGUCCGUAAUGUCCAAACGGCAAAUCAGAUCUGGCAAUUGUCGGCACAGCAAACACGACCAGGAAGUUGUAUAAUCGACCAGUGCGAUGUGACAGACGAAGCAAGCAUCGAGGCUUUCGUGGGCCGGAUGAAGAAGCUAGUCGCUGGAGGCCUCAAGAUUGACAAUGUGGUGUUGAAUGCGGGAGUUUUGAAAUAUCCAAAUAGAGCUACAGAGAUAUCCUUCGGUGACUUUGCGUUGCAUCUACAUACCAAUACCAUUGGCCCCAUCAUCAUCGCCCAGAAGCUGUUACAGAUCAGCAGUGACGCGCCUCCAUCUAAAGUGAUCUUCAUCUCCUCCGACUCCGGAUCAACGUCGGCCUUUAGGGACCAUGAGGAUGGGUUCGGCGCUUAUGGUGCGAGCAAGGCGGCUCUAAACCAGAUGUUGAGACACAUGGCCGCCGAACUAAAGAGAAAAGGAAGCCCGUGGGAUGAUGUCUGCGUGUUGGCGGUGCACCCCGGCGAAGUUCAGACUGACAUGGCCAACAUCGACUUGGACUGGGAAGUUGAAGGGAUCAUUAGUCCUGAGGAAAGUGUGACCAAAACGCUACAGGUAGUUGCUGGCAAGACCAAGUCAGACUCUGGAACGUUCUGGUGCUGGGAUGGACGAGUUCACCCUUGGUGAUGCCAGUCAAAAAGAUCGAGCAUUAGCUGGUCUCGUUGGUUUCUACAGAGCAGGAGUGGUGUCUAUCGUCCACGUGACUUGUAUGGACGCACAAAUUGUCACGUGUCACUGGUCACUUUGUCAGGAGGAGAAGGGCCAAUGACUUUGGGGGCAAAAAGAAUAAUAGGCACCACUCCAGACAUCAGGAAAUCGUCUCAGAGAGCAUGUUGUCGAUGGUUCCAAGUAUCAGUGAUUACAAAUGUUGCCACUGCUAUUCCUCACGGUCAUUGUCGACGAACAAUUGAUGGCGUGUUCUGACCUGACCUGAGCAGUGAUAAGUGUAAAUUACUUGUAGUCUCAUAUCUGCGCGCUCUAUCCUAACCACGGGCCCAUGACUUGCCCUUACCUAGAAAGGACUAGCGCAGUGUCAACUUUUUUUUGGAGCGUCUUUGGCAGCGAUUUGGAAAGGGAGAGAAAAAGCCAGGCAGGCAGAUCAGAAGAGAUCUGACAUUCUGAUUGUUAGCAAUAGAAGGAUAAUAGGUUUCUGCCAGUAGUACUGAAGGUGGUGUUUCG